GCCAGCUUGUUGAUGUCAGACUUUGUUCGUUCACCGUAAAGGUCUGUUCACAAACAGUAGGCUACUCCGAUCCCUACCGACCAAUGUAAGUAUGUAUGAACCUGCAAAUUUGUUAACAAGAAUUUCAAAAUCAUGUUCUUAUAGCCCAUUUAAUGUAUCUGCUUGAUUUUCCCCCCUCCCCCCACUGUCAGUUUUUGUCUCAAAGGCGCCCCGUGUCCCCGCAAAAUACAAAGGGGCACAACGUCGGCAUUUUUAGAAGCGCUGUGAACUAUUCAUCGAGAAACCCGCUCUGUGUUUGUCCCACGCAUUGAACUGUUCUGCAGUGGAUUCGUGUAGCAUCAACUUGUAGACAUUGCCUGUGUGCUUGUAAACUCUCACUCCUCGCAAGGUGGUUGACGUUGGCUGUAAUCAAAUCAAAGGUCUGCCGAUGAGACUGGCGUUCCUCCAUUGUAUGAGAAACCGGAUGUGAAAACAGAAGGUUUACAGUUACCAUAGAAACCAUGCAAAGUUUAGUAAAACAAGUGGAAUAGCUAAAUGCUGAAGAAAAUGUUAACGGCUCCAUUUUGGUUGUUGGCUGCCAGUUUUUGGAUGAGAAUCACCUCUGGAUUUUACACCGACAGCUUCCCGGAAGUAGGUGAGAUCUGUUUAUGUGUGAUGCCUGUCUAAAACGACCAAGCAUGCUUUGUUUGGGACGACCGUAUGGCAUUCAGGUAAAUUACUCUGCGUUUAUGGAAAAUUUUUAGGACUAGUUUUAUUCCAUUGAACCUGUGUAACACGACCUUGUAAGACUUACAACGUCUACUCUGGCACCGGGGAGAUAACACAUAAACGCCUUUAUUUAAUAAUAAUAAAGUUUAUUUGAAAGACACGCUUCAUCCCCAAAGGCUCGAAGCGUGGUACAAAGUCAACCACAUCUAUAAUUUACCACAAUUAUAACAAAAUCAACACUACAAAAACUAAUUACAAGCAUACCAAGUCAAAGUCUUUCUAGCCAUUUCAACCAUAAGCAACACAGCCAAUAUGCAUUAACUGGAAAAUGUGGUAGACAACAUCAUCCAAGAAGGUGUUUGCGAAAUAGAUGUGUCUUUAAAUCGGUUUUAAAGGACUCCAGUGACUUGGUCCUUCAUUAAAGCUAUAAUCAUUUAAAUCAUAACUUCACGUCAAAAGAAUAACACACCACAUCAAAGCAAUAAUAUUUUUUCUUUAAAAACCAGUCGCUUACCAAACCAGAACACGGACAUCAAAACACCUUACCAUCAUCAUUUACUGCCAUCACUUUACCGUCGUCACCUUACCACUGCCACCUUACUGUUCUCACCUUAACAUCAUCACCAUCGCUGUGAGCAUACUACAAUAUGCAUGGAGACACGCACUAUAUAAGUAUUCAAAUCACCAUACCAACAUUGCCUUACCAUCAUCCCUUACCAUAAGUACCGUUCAAUCAUCACAUUAAUGUAUUUCCCUUACCAUCGUCAACUUAAUGUACUUACUUUAACAUCAUCUCCUUACUGCAUUUCCCUACCAUUAUCACCUUACAAUCAUAACCUUACUGUACUAACCUUACUGAACUGACCUUACUGCCAUCACAUUGCCAUCAUGACCUUACUGUUAUCACUUUACUGCCAUCACAUUGCCAUCAUGACCUUACUGUUAUCACAUCUCUUUAAUUCUCGUGUCAUCACCACCGUGUCAUCAUCUUACCAUCAUCACCUUACUGUCAUUACCUUGCUAUCAUCACCUUACUGUCAUUACCUUGCUAUCAUCAUCUUACUGUCAUUACCUUGCUAUCAUCACCUUACUGUAAUUAUCUUCACCUUACUUCCAUCAUCUUACUGUCAUCACCUCAACGUAUCUACCUUGCAGUAUGUGGCGAGAAUCUGAAAGCUGGUGAGGGUACUAUAGACUCGCCCCUGUUCCCCGACUCUUACCCCCCUGAGCUGGACUGUACAUGGACCAUCACAGCAAGGCCUGGUCACCGUGUCCAUGUCACAUCAGACUAUCUCUCUAUCGAGAGUCAACCGGACUGCCUGUAAGUCUGUCAAGUAAUACUAAAGUAAUCUGAUUGGAUAACAUUUCUGUGGAAUUUAAUAAACCAUUGUUUCUUGAUUGUCCUUGUCGUUGCCACACUUUUUAGACAUAAACUGUCCACGAUACAUUAACAUGUGUUACAAAACGAUAUGCAUGGUGAAAAGGAAAAACAUAACUCAUUUUUAAACACGUCAUUUAUGAGAAAAAAAAUGGAUACAAUUUUUUCCCAAGAUUUCCCUAUGAUCAUUUCUUAGUAUAUGCAAUAGGAAGCAAAUAUUUUUUAUUGCACGAAAGCUGGUUUCUUGCAACUCUACAAGAUGUUAUCUGGCAACCCAAUUAGAUGUUAUCUGGAAACUCUACAAGAUUUUAUCUGGUAAAUCUACUAGUUGUUAUCUGGCAACUUUACAACAUGUUAUCUGGCAACUCUACAAGAUUUCAACUGGCAACUCUAAAAGUUGUUAUCUGGCAACUCUAAUAGAUGUCAUCUGGCAACACUAAAAGUUGACAUUGCUUGUUUAAUAUGCACUCACCGGGACUAAUGUUAAGUUUGGGCGACACUCUUUCACACUGCAGCCGACACACUAACGUGUCGCGAUACACAGUUUGGAAGCGCUCUCCGUGAAUAGCGAAAUGUUUAAAUUGAUGGAGGGAUGAAGGAGAGGCCGUAGGACGGAAUGUGGGAGGAGUGCAGAGUGGAGGAGGUAGCGAUGAAGUCACCACCCCGUAACUGUACUUGUAUGUUGUUGUUUAACAUAGGAACCUUGACACGAGAAUAUCAAACAAACGACACCGCCAUCUUAUGCAUGACACUUAGUUGGCUGCCCAUUAACCAAUUAACAUCUUGGCCUUUCAAGGACGUGACGUCACAAUGUGAACGUGAAAAAGUUUGGGGGAGGGGGGCAGACGCACAACACUGCAUUUGUACCAACUCUGAAAGAUAAGGUCAUUUGUACAAACUCUGGCAGAUAAGGUCACUUUCACAAACUCUUUCGAUAAGGUCAUUUGUACAAACUCUGUCAGAUAAGGUCAUUUGUACAAACUCUGUUAGAUUAGGUCAUUUUUACAAACUCUUUAAGAUAAAUGUCAGUUAAUUUAGCACACAUCGUUUUGAUAUAUUAUAUGUUGACAUAAUUACUGGGGGGGGGGGUGUCAUUGAAAGUUUGACAGUUGUUGUUGAUAGGGGGGGGGGGGGGUAAAAAAUUGUUUAAAAUUUUUUACUCUUUAAGAUAAAUGUCAGUUAAUUUAGCACACAUCGUUUUGAUAUAUUAUAUGUUGACAUAAUUACUGGGGGGGGGGGUGUCAUUGAAAGUUUGACAGUUGUUGUUGAUAAGGGGGGAGGGGGGUAAAAAAUUGCUUAAAAAUUCUUGACGUAAUCAAUGGACGUCCUCUAAGUUGCUUAGUCAUAAUAGAAGCACGGAGGAGUGAGAAAAACGGAAUAUAUUAGCCUUGGAAAAACGUCACAAGGAAACACUUUGGGAGACUAUCUUCUGAACAACAGUCUGUUUCUAAUUUUAUACUCUGACUUGACAGGUUGGCGUUUGGACUAAUUAAUGUCUUUAAAAAAUAAUAUUGGGGGCGGGGAAGCGCAGAAUGAAUCAGGCAUACUAUAUAUGGGGUGUAUGUGUGUGCAUGCACUCGUUUAUAUGUGGGUGCGUUCGCGUGUGCGUGAGUAUGAGCGUGUUCGUGUUUGGAAAGUCGUUUAUAGAUAACAGAAAAUGUGUAAAAAGCUGCUUAGCUCUACGUUCAAAGUUUGCCCGUGUAGAAAGUCUGGCUGUGCUGACUUCUGCUGUACAGUAAACGGAGUGUAGCAGUUUUGAUUUUGUGUAGGUAUUGAUCUCUAAAGUCAGAGGUUCCCAAAAUUAUGCGCAGCUGCACCCUGAGGAGUUGUAGCUACCUCACAGGUGUGCCACGAAGUGAUAAAUAAAUAGUUAAAAACGUGCCAUUUCUCGGUACACUUGUUAGAGUUUGACACAGGGCGCCUUGGGUAAACCUGGAUGCUGCAUAGUGGCCGUGAAUAAAAAAAAAGUCUGAAAACCAGGGAUGUCAUUUGAGUGGGGCAGGAUGGGGCAUUUGCCCCCCCCCUUGAAAUUGCUAUGUACUGGGGCGCCUCCAGUAAUAAAUAAUUUAACAGGCCGACCAAGUUUUGGUUUUUGCCCCCGCCCCACCCCACCCCUGAAACAACCUGAAAUGACGCCCCUGUCGAGAACCUCUGCCUUACGUUCUGAGGGAUGUCAAUAGUGGGAGUUUCCAGUGAUUAGAGUUGAAAGUGAUGAGUGGUUAAAAAUAUAUAAAAUAUUGAAUUCAUUCUACCACUGUCCCUUAUUUUAAACUGAAAAGUGUCCCCCGGUAUUUACUAGGUUGAGUUAUUUUUAUCUCAACUUAAUUAACGAUAGUUUGUUUAUAGGAGCAUCCGUUGUUUAGAUUCAAAUUUUUAAGUUCUGACGUCACGUUUAUCCUAGAUGAGCCUCAACGAAGUUGGUGAAAGUCAAUAAAUAAAAGAAAAGUCAUCUUCUUCUACCGGAAGUGUUUGAAUUGAUCGCAUUUGUAUAGUGACUAGAUUGCUCCACAAUCACGAGCCUUGUGAUUCUGUACGCCCCCACCCCACGUCAUCGCCACUCAUGGCGCAUGUGAGAUAACAAUCAGAAUUCACAUGUUGAUAGACACCUGUGUGCUUGGUGCGCACUACAUGAAUGAGUAUGAGCUUUCAAUUGCGGCUGCGACUAUUCGUACCCGGGUACCAGAAGUGAGAGGUCGGGAUUAAAAAAACUAUUUAAAAUUUUAUUGUUGGGUUAAUAAGACAAAAUGAGGUGUCAAAUGAAAGAUAAUUGAAUGGACUAUAUGUUUGUAAACUUACUUCUUCAGUUUAACUAAAAUAAACUACCACAAAUGACAUCCGCAUAGCAUUGAGUCAAAAUGGACCCAGACACGCAGCGCCGCCAUUCGCACCCGGGUACCAUUAGACUCAAUACUAUUCGGAUGUCAUUUGUGGUCGCAUAAGCUAUAGGCCUACAAAGUCAAGAGGUUCACUACAAUUUUAAAUUACAUCAGCGGGUCAAAGAAACUUUAAAAAAUAUAUAGAUUUUUAAAUGUAAUUUAUGCCCCCCUCCCCCGACCAAAGAUAUAGAUUUUUAAAUGUAAUUUAUGCCCCCCUCCCCCGACCAAAGAUAUAGAUUUUUAAAUGUAAUUUAUGCCCCCCUCCUCAUCAAAGAUAUAGAUUUUUAAAUGUAAUUUAUGCCCCCCUCCCCCGACCAAAGAUAUAGCUUUUUAAAUGCAAUUUAUGCCCCCCUCCCCCACCAAAGUGACAGCUUUUUAUCAAAAAUAUAUAGAUUUUUAACUGUAAUUUAUGCACCCCUCCUCAUCAAAUAUAUAGAUUUUUAAAUGUAAUUUAUGCCCCCCUCCCCCGACCAAAGAUAUAGCUUUUUAAAUGCAAUUUAUGCCCCCCUCCCCCACCAAAGUGACAGCUUUUUAUCAGAAAAAAAUAUAUUUUUCCUCAAUAUAGUAAAUAUAGCCGUACUAUAUAGCCCAGAGUCCAGGGGAGAAACUAAGCUGAUGUCUACAGGGGUUCCACAAACGGGAUGCAUUCAGUUUAAGCAAAGGUGGGGGGGGGGGUUUGGUGAUUAUGCCUAACUUUGGCGCUGAUCGAUGCACGGCCCCUAAAUGAUUAAAAUGCCUCCCGCCAAACCCCCACCCCGAUCAAAUUACCGGAAAUCAACACUGAAAUCCCUCGCGUUGCCAUCAUUUAGGCUACUGAUGAUCUCUGAUCACGUUUGCUCCCAUAAUGCCACUGAUCUGUCGUGCUACCAUGAGAUGAUAUACUGAAAUAAAGCUGGUGUCUUCGUGUUGGGAGGAAGGUUCUGUCAAAAUUAAAUAUAAAAAAAAAAAAACACGAAAUAAAGACAUGAUCAUAAUUUGAUUCUAUUGAUACAGCUUAAGUUCAAUUUUUUUUAAAGUUCAAAAAUGAGGAAUGCACAUUUUUGGGGGAUGUGAUGAUGUUUGUUGAUGUUUGUUGUUUGAUUAUGUUUAAGCUUGUCUUACAGUACCGGCUACUUUUAUCUGCAGUUGGGAUCACCUGACCAUUACUGAUGGACCCAAUGGUGAAUAUGGAAGGGCUCGCUACUGUGGCAGUGAGCAGCUGGACUUCAUAGCGAGCUCAAAUGUUGUCAUCAUACAAUUCCACUCUGACUUCAGUGGAUCAGAUGCUGGAUUUAGACUAGUCUAUGGUAAAUCAUUUAAUACAAUUUUGUGUAAUUUACUUCUAUAAUAAUAAAAUUUUUUUUGUAUUUCCAUGGAAUAUAUUUACGUUGAAUUUUGUUUAAAAAAUGGGAACCAUGACUUUUGAACUUUACUACAUCUGUUAGAACUAAUUCUACCCACAGAAGCCAUAGGUCCGAAAACUUUGCUUGACCCUGGCUGCAAUGUCACCUUGCUAACAGAAGGAACUGUGACGUCACCAGAUUACCCAGCUCAGUACCCUUCGUCCAGUAUCUGCUACUACACCAUACGGGUUUGUCUGUUUUAUGCUGUAGCAUUGUGGGAUAACUUGCUGUUACAUUUGACAUGUAGGCCUAUAACAGUGGUUCUCAACACCUGGCAGGCUACACAAAUGUAGCCUACCAUUUGGGUGUGGGGUUAAUUGUUAAUUUGUAUUUAAUAUUGUUUUCAACAAUUUUUAUCUUUUAAAAAAAAAUUUGGGGUUGGGAUAUCAUUUUAAUAGAAUCUAAUUUAUAAUACUAUUUGCUGCUGUGUACAGCUUUAUAUAUUUAUUAAUAGUUUUUAUUUGAUUGAACGUUGUCAAAAAUUAAUUAGUUUUGUCAAGUGCACAAAUAACUGUUUAUUGUUACCCUUAGGCAUCAGCCAAUCAGAAGAUCCUGAUUGAAUUCACAGAUUUUCAAGUGGAGACAGCUCCUUGCGAUUUCGAUAAACUUGAAGUGUACAAUAGCAACAUAACAGGUAAGACAUGUAUGACAGCUGGUAACACAGCUGGGAACAUAACCGGUAACAUAAUCAGUAACAAAACAGGUAACAUAACCGGUAAAAUAACGGGUAACAAAAAAGGUAAAAUAACAAGGAAGACAGAUUAUUUUAUAGGGUGGUGAAAAGUUUUUUCUACACUCUUACACACUCAUCUCCAUCAUGAGUGAUGUUUAUUUCCCCAUUUAAAAAUGCAUUUGUUGUCACCUUGUACUUGUACUCAAGAAUUGUUACUCAAGAAUUGUUUCUCUCUCCUUAGCCCCCAAUUCAAGUUCUAUGUGUGUUAAAGAUUGAGCAUAAUUAAUAUGUAUUUUACACAUUAACUGUUAAUGGCCCUUGAUGUAAAUAAUUAUUUUCUCCCUACCCACAGUUCCAGAGAACCUCCUGGGGGUGUUCUGUGGGCGCAGCCUGCCGGUGGGUCUGACCUCUGAAACAAAUAUCCUGACCCUCAAAUUUGUGUCAGACAAAAAUGUUCAAACCAAGGGCUUCAACGCCACCGUAACGUUUCUGUCAUCAGGGGAUGAUGAUUCAUCUCCUGUCUCAGUAUCGUCACUCUCAUCACCAACAGUUACAUCAGUACCAACUACAAGACUGCCCUUAACUGUCAGCAGUCAAACGUCUGUAGGUAUAGAGACUACACCAGUGGCGGGGACUGUAGGGAACAAAGGUACGUCACUGAAAUUCAGUGUUCAUUUUUGUCAUAAUGAAAAUGUUACUAUCAUGUAAAAAACAAUUAAGGAAAAUAAUUAUAAUAAGUUCUUAAAAUGAAAAAAGUAAAAUAAUCAAAUUUUAUUUUUGGACAGCUAUCACUCAUUCUAAUAAAAUGUUCUCCUAAAUCUUACUUGGAACAUUUAAAAAAAAAAUAAACAAAAGAAUCUCUACUUGCAUGUUUCCAGGUUGUAACAUAACAGUAACAGAAUCCUCAUCCAACAUCAGUUCCCCAGGAUAUCCGUCCAGCUAUCCACAUAACAUGCUCUGUGUCACCCAGUUCAGGAGUUCCAGUGUCAGCACUUUCCUCAUCAAGUUCCAUAACUUUAGUAUAGAAGAGGGAGACAACUGUACCUAUGACUCUCUCAGCAUUUAUGAAGGUACACUCCCCUACCAACUCACCCCCCCACACAAGUUUUUGUUAAUUAUUUUUUUCUUUUUGUACCAAAAGGAAGUUCACUAUGAGAUUCAACAUAUGAAUUUUACAUUUAAAAAUUUUUUAUUUCCCCGUCAGAUUUUACCUUGAUAACUUUCUUGAAACAGCAAACUGAUACCAAGUGAACUGGUACUGAUGAACUAAAGAUGAACAAAAGAUUUGUAUUUAAGUAGUUCAUGCUUUUUUGUAUUGUGUCAAAAUGAAUAUGGAAUAUAAUUUUUCAUCAAACACAGCUGGUGAUACAAUGUCUACAUUGAAACCAUCUCUGCUGCAGCAUCUUUGUGGCACUGAUCUGGAGAAUCCAAUAUUUACUUGGGAGGGACAUGGCCUUGACCUUGUUUUCUACUCUGAUUCAACGGUAAACCUUGGUGGUUACUGGGCAGAAGUCCACAUGUCUCCGGUCGUACAUGGUAAAUAGAUAUUUUUUUCUUUUAAGCGCUCGAGACAUUUGGGUUGCAUUUGUGAAUUUAAUGACAAUUAUUGAAAGAUUGAUCCCUUCAGCAUAAAUUUGUUGUAAUUUAUUUUUUACAUUAAAAGGAAAAGCAUGCCCAGCUGAGUGUGAAAAUGGUGGGACAUGUACAGAAAUACUGCUGGUGGAUGGAUCUGUGGACUGGAUGUAAGUGAUUGUGUCAGUUCAUUGUGUCAGUGGAUUAUUUUUAAAGAUUGUGUGAAGGGAUUGUGUCAAUAUUUUGUGUGAGAAAUAAAUAUAAAACAAGGAAUAUAAUUAUAUACUCUGUUGCCCAUUGAGGAUUCAAACUAAAAAAAACACUUUUUUUGUGUAUUUUUUAAUUAUAGAUUAUAAAAAUGACUAUUUUAUAAACAAAGUUAGGGGCAUUUUUUUAUCCUAUCAACAAAGUAAUAUAACUACUUUAAACUCAUUUCGAUACAUUUUUCUUGUGGCACCAGGUGUGCCUGUCCUGAGAGGUUCACAGGGACAUUCUGUGAGGGUGAGAUGAGGAUUUCAUGUAAAGAUGUGAAAUGUGAGAAUGAUGGAGUCUGCCAGGAUGAUGGGACAGAGGUGUCAUGCAAGUGUCCCAACGGCUUUACUGGCGACUUCUGUGAAGAGCUUGAGAAGGUAUCUUUGUAAACUUUUUUAUGGUUAUUUCUUAUUCUAGAUUUUAAAUCAACUUCACCAGCUAAUACAUACAAGAAAAUUGUUUUAUUUAGUACAUAAAGCUUGGCUUAUUGGUACAUGAAGAUUAUUUUAUCAGUACAGAAUUAUUGUUUUAAUCCUAAUGAGAGGGUUGGACUGCGAAAGAGCUUUUAAGUAGAUUAAUAAAUGACAAACAAUUUGUGUGAAUAAAACAAUAUAUGUUGAGCUUUAAUUUUGAUGAGACAAAGUACAAAUUCAAAAGUUUCAGCUAAUGCCUUCAUCAUUACAAUAAAAAUUAAUAUAAUUAUUAAUUAAAUUUAGAUAAUAUAUAUUUGUCCAACCUAUACUUGAACAAUGAGAGAAAAGAUAAGAAUGGGCGCAAGUGCCAUAGAAAACAAAGAUUAAAAGAACAGAAAGAAAGUGGGUGGAAGUACAAUAUAAAAACCUAACAGGAAAAGGAAAUUGCAUCUAUUUAAAAUAGUUUUUAUGUACAUAAAUUCUUUAUGUCUCAUUAAUUUUUACCAAUGCAUAAAGAUUGUAAAAUUUCACUUUUUUUUUCCCUGCCCACACAAGUUUGCAGAGGGAGGAGCUCUCUACUUUACCAAGAUGGUGUCUAACAUGUCACUAACUGUUGGCAGCAGUGUCAUUCUGGAAUGUGCGGUGAACGAUCCCUUAGCUCAUGUCAUGUGGUAUGUCAUCAAAUGUCAGACUAAAUAUGAAGUCACCUUUUUCAGCUGAAAAAAUUGUCUGCUCAUAAUAGUCACACUCACUGAUACAAAGAAAUAUCUUUAUUCAAAUUGUAACAAUUGUAUUACCAACAGGUUAUAUUCCUUUGUAUACUUCUGUUGCAUUUUUUGUAUUUCAUGAUGUGUCAAAUAGUAACUUAUUAGUAACCAUAAAAUAAAUUGAUUUACCACUAACAAUCUCUAAUAAAUCACCAAUUUAAAAAUAAUUUUUAUUUUUAAAAAAGUUUCUAUUAAUAAAGCUUAAUUUUUUCAUUUAGUUGCAUUUUAUAACUUCCCAACACAUGCUGACAGGUUAUUCAAUGACCGAAUCAUGACCCACACCGACUGGUCAAGAGGUGUGGAGGUUCAUCCUGGUGGUGUUGUUGUUAUACCUGAAGUUGAGGAUCAACACUCAGGACGUUACACCUGCAUGGCCACAACAUCAGGUGACCUGGUGGAGAAGUCAAUGUGGAUCACACUUAUAGAGCCCUGCAGUCUAUGUGAGUGAGUCCUGUCGUGAUUUGGUGUGUCUUAGGCUAAGUGAGCCCUGUUAAAAUGUGUCUAUUUAAGCUCUGUAAAUUGUGCCGAAGUCAAUGUUCAUUUUUUAACAUUUUAAAGUAAAUUAUUUCAUGAGUAGUGAAAUAGUUCAUAAAUGGGAAAAUUCUUUAAAAAUAGGUAAAAUAUUUCUAUAGCUAGUGUAAUAGUUUUUUUACAAUAAGUUAUAUAGAGAAAUCUGUGUGAAAUGUUUUUAAAUGUCAGAGAGAUUGUUUUAUAGAUAAUGAAAUGGGAGAUAGUUUUAUAGAUAAUGAAAUGGGAAGAGUGUGCCAAUGACUUCCAUUGAACCUGUCUUGUUUGCAGUUGUAUUAAAGUCUCCAAGUAACAUCACCCUUCGAGUGGGCCAGACUGCCAUGUUCCACUGCUAUGUGCCAGAUGCUGAUGUCAUCAUGUGGAGAAAAGAUGGUGACCUCAUUGAACAGGGACCAAGAAAACGUGUAAGUAAAAUGAUGUUAUUUUUUUAUAAUUAACAUUUUUACUUGUCCAUUCCUGAUGACAACAAAAGAUCCUUCAAUAAGUAGAAACAUCUUUAUGUUCUAUGUAUAGCUUUGGUGAAGAAUCACAUCCGGGCAUGAUAUCACUUUGAAAGGCUUUUGUGCGCUUACAUCUUCAAUAAAAAGCAAAUUUUUACCAGACCUAUUAACAUACCAGCUACUAAUUUUUUGUUGUUAUUAAAAUAGUUCAUUGAACUAGUAACAAGCCAACUACUAUAUGUGGCAUCAUUCCAUGUUCGCGAGACAAUGGAGUAGCUCACUUCAUCAAACAGCUUGUAAGGCCCAUCCUGGAAUGCUUUUUAUAUGUUAAAAUAUUUGAUGCACAAAAAGUUUGAUUGUUAUUUGAUCCAUACUUAACUUUGAACAUUUUUUUCUUUGGACAGUGUUUAAAAAAAUAAUAAAAUGUAAAAUUGAUAAAAUCUUUUGGUGGUCAGAUUUUGGUGAAUCACUACCUGGUGAUCAACCCUGUUGUGGAGACAGAUGUAGGUCAGUACACAUGUGCUGCCCGAUCCAGGGAAGGAUGCUACUCCAAGGUUUCUGCUUACCUCAAUGUGGAAGCAACUGGACAUGAACAGGGUAAAACUGUUUUCUGCUCAUGAGUUAUGAACAUUGAAUGGUGGGAGCAUCUAUUGAUGUUAUUUUGAAGUUUUUCUCAUAACCUAUUUUUGUAAAGUCUGUGAGUGGGGGAAGUGGCUGAUCUGUGAUGUUUGAUAAAUUUACAAACAUUACUUUUGUAUGGGUUCAGCCAGUAUAUGUUCUACAGAAAAAUAGUUUUAAUAGUUUUAGUGUAAUUAUAUAAGUUAUUUCAUGGUGAUCAGAGUGCGGGCGGCCUCGUGUUAAACCUUAUGAUGGAGGAAGUGGAAGAAUAAGCAGUGGUAAAGAAGCGGUUGUAGGCUCGGCUCCUUGGCAUGUCAUAAUUAGAGAAGAAAAGAAGGUUAGUCUUGUCAUUAGAACUUCAGAAAAUGUUUUCCGUUUUUUAUAUCAAUUUAGCAUUAACUCUUAACGUCAGUUUUCUGUAUCGAUAUUUAAUGAACCCACAUUUAAAAAAAACUGCAUGGCAAGAAGAACAUGAGUGGCGUCUAGAUGUGUUUAUGAAUAAACUGUUUCAUCCUAGGACACAACCUUUUGUGGUGGUUCUCUGAUCUCUCCAGACACAGUCCUGACUGCAGCCCAUUGUAUUGGUCAAUUUGAGCAAUUCUUUGGCUACCCAUUUCAUCCCAAUCACAUUCACAUUUACUUGGGAACUCACCACUGUGCCGGCCAUAAUGGUGUUUUCAGGUGAGGAAGAAAACAGCUGAGUUAGAUAAGAAUUGAUGAAGGUAUGUGCAAGGUCAUGGGUCAGCAAGAGUGUGAACGGGGAAAAAAAUGAUAUUCAAAAGGAAAACUCAAUAUACCAAUUACCAUAUGAACGUCACUAAAAUGGCUUAGUAAGAAGAAAACAAAAUUUUAUGAAAAAAUUAAAUUAAUCUUUCAGACAAUGAAUUUUAAAAGUGAGUUUUACUAUAAGGGAUAAGAGACUGCAGCAGCUAACAUGGAAAUUUGCCAAGGAGGUUGGACAUGUUGACAGGAAUUUUUGAAAUUGACAUUUGGGUGGUAAUUUUUCAAGGAAUUUGAAUGAAAAACUAAGAAAAUUUGUUGACACUUUCAGACAACUCAAGUCGUACACCCUCCAUGAACACUUCAAUAACACACAUUACAACAAUGAUGUGGCCAUCCUGAAACUAGAGAAACCUGUAGAAUUUACAGAUGACAUCAUGCCCAUCUGCCUGGAGACACCUGACUUUAUGGAGGAACUACUUAAGCCAGGUCGGUGUGACCUUUGGCCGCAAGGUCAAAUACAGAACUUGCAGAAAUACAAAUAAAGCUACAAAUAAGUGAAGAGCAAUGAAAGUCCUGCCCAAAUUACAUAAAUAUUACAUUAAUAAACUUAAUGACCAAACUUGGACACUAUGAAUGAUAGUUCAUUUUAAUAAAAAAAUUAUUUAAUUAUGUACAUUUUAUUUGUUUACUCUUAUCAUUAUUUAUUUUAAUGAUCAUUGAAAUUUUUUUUGAUCUUUUGAUAGUUUUAAAUUUUCUUAAGUAAAUUUUCUUUUUAUUCAUUAAUAUUAAUACCGGGUACUUAAUGACAUUAAAUCUUUGGAAUAUUGUCCAGCCUUGAAAAGUAUUAUGAGUUUGAAAAAAAAUUAUUAUUUUAUCCUCAGCUUCAAAAUUAAUGCUAGUAAAAACACAUUUUUUACUUUUCCAUGCUAGAAAAUAGAACAGGCCAGUUGUACACGUUUCAUUAAAAAAUAUUGAGGAAAUUAGAAAUGUGCAAUAAGGAGCCCUUUUAGAAUGAAUCCAUUUUCGGUGAAGUAUAGAAAUUUAACAUAAACUAUUCCAGGUCGUUUCGGUGUGGUGACAGGCUGUGGAAAUCAGUUUGUCUACGGAGGAGCUCCAACAAACCUCCAUGAAGUCCAGGUAAUAUCUCUUUGCACUCAACUUUUAAUACACAAAAAUUCCUACUUGUAAGACUAAAAAGUUGACAUUAAUCUACUUUGGCCUUAGAGCAAAAUGCUUCUUUUGAACCAGAUGAGGCUAUUUUUAAAAUCCACCAUUGUUUGGACUCCAUAAAUUAAUUUUUUGGCUAGACUCUGUAUAUAAUAUAAAUAGCAAAUUUUUGUGAAUUUAUUAAAAAGUUAUUUGUUUUAUGCAUGAAACUCAUGUUGAUUAUAUAUGAAGGUACUAGAUUCCAACAAAACCAUAUUAGUACAACUUUCAUAUCAAAAACAUAAAGAUGUGAAUAGUAAUAAUUCUGUGUGAGAUAUUACUAAACUAUUCACAAUGAAGGGAGAGCGUUAUAUCUCUCAGUGAAAUGAUACAUCUUUUCCCCCUCCAAAAAAAAAAGAUUCCAUAUGUAUCACCUGACAUCUGCCGAGAGCGGGCCUCAUCUGUCAACACUUCAUUUACACCUGGAAUGUUCUGCGCUGGCUAUGCCAGGAGCAUGAGAGGGGAUGCUUGUGCAGGAGACAGGUAAGGAUGUAUCAAUUGUAUAGGAGACAGGAGGGAUGUAUAGGAGACAGACAAGGAUGCAUAGUAGAUAGGGUAAGGUGCAAGACAGGAUACAUUUCGGGGGUGCAUGUGCAGGAGACAGGUAGGGGCAUAAUUUAGCUGGAGAGGUGACCAUUUUUGGCUGUUAUGUAUAAAAGGUAUGUAUUUAAAAUGUAAAAAGUCCAUCAGCAUACUCCAUAUGAUGCAUUCUUUUUUCAAUAUUUAUUGGAAAAUAAAAAUAUUUCAGCUUAAAAGGAAGGGAAUAUACAUUAAAAAAAGUUAUUUAUCAAACUGAUAGGACAUACAAAAGUAGUACUUCAAAAUGGCACAAUACAUCUUAGGGGUCUUUCAUGAAGGACGUUUGCAGAGAUGGGGGGAAGUGGGUUCGUUGAACUGCAGUCAAGGGGGAGGGGGUGUAAAGGAUCUUGCUGAAAUCUGUAAAAUAGCAUUUUUUUAAAAGGUGUAACUUCAUAAGGGAGACCACUCUAAAUAUUUGGUUGGUAAUUAUCAGCAAAUGUAGGCAAUGCAAGUUUGAUUUUUAAUUUUUUUUCCUUCUCUUAUCAACAGUGGAGGUCCAUAUGUGUUUGAAUUCAGUGGCCGGGCCAUCCAGGCUGGCAUUGUAUCAUGGGGUGUUGGGUGUGAUAGGGAGAACCACUACGGUUACUACACUAACAUAGCUUACUACUACCGCUGGAUAAUGGACAAGAUGAAACAAAGUUAAGACAUGGGAGAGCAUAAAAAUCCAGGGUAGACAACUCCAGAGCAAAAAAUAUAUUUACCAUCCAUAUAGUUCUGACACAUGUAUUGUUUAUCACUAAAUAUCUGAUUUGAUGUUAUUUACAUUAGUUUCCAGGUCUUUAGUAACAAUUUAGCAAUAUAGUAGCAAUAUUCUCAGAUUUUAACUUUGCAUUUGGGCCAAACAUAACCACUCAAAUUGAUACAGAUAUGAAAAUAACUCUUAAUUGUCAUAUUUACUUUAAAAAGAGAGAUGUCAUUGUUUGUUUGAUUAGGAAAAGUUUAAAUGUAAGUUACAAAGCUUUUACAUAUUAUGUAGUAAAUAACAUAACAAAAGUAGACAGUUCUAAAAAAAAUGUAUUUAUACAAAACAUAACUUCAAAUUUGUGUACCAAGGAAAAGUUUUAAAAUAAGGAAAGCUGAAAUUAACCUCACUGCAGUUAAAGAUGGGCACACUAAGUUACUGUGUCCAAUGAGUCAUGAAAAUAUUAUCAAUAAAAAGUGAGUGUGGGUCAAUUUAUUGUAAAGUUGUUUUUUUUCCUCUACUGUACGUUGAUAAACAGUGGAACUAGAUAUGUUAAGGCUUGAAAAGAAAAGACAGGACAAUUAAAUGGACAUUUCUGCUAGGUAUCUUCUUUAACAAGAAACCACAAUUAAUUAGAAAUAAAAAAUGUAUGUGUUUGAAGAUUUCAAUGUAGAUCUUUGUUUAGAAACAAAAGGGCUCUAUGUUAAAAAUGGAAGUUAAGGUAUUCUAAACCAAAAAAGUGGAUUGCACAUUAAUCUGUGGUUUAUUCUAUUUCUAAACAGAUCUUUUUCCACUAUUUAUUUACUUCACACUGCUUGAAUUUAGUGCCUCAGAUAUUAUCUUAUUGUAAGUUACAUGUUAAAUAUUAAGUUUAAAUAGACAGAUUAGAUAAAUAUGUAAUGUCUUACAUUUUUAAAUGGAUUUACAUUAUGUGCAUGUAUUCUGAACAUAGAUAAAACUACAAAUAUGUAAUGAUUACAUAUUAAAAAAUAAUUGGACAUUUUAAAAAUAAGUUUUAAUUGAAAGUUUUAUUCUUUUUUAAUAUUCACAAAUUAAAAGUUUAACUUUUUAAACUUUACUUUCCUUUUCUUUAGAAAGUCAGUUGACCCAUUCACGUUGAUUUGUCUUUGUGUUGUAUUCAUACACUUUGCCUGAAACUGGGUUGAAAUGAUUUGUAUAUAAACGGAAUUUCAAAUGCGUUUAACAAAGUUUGACUUCAUUUAAAUAAAUACUCAACCAUAAUGGCAGCAUUC